AUGCUUUCCGCUCGUCGAUUGAUGCGGCGCCACGUGCCUCCUCCACGCAGCGCCUCGUCGCCGCUGCGCCGUCUCCACCAGCAGCAACAGGGGGGGGAGAAGCUCUUUGACAAGAUCCUCGUCGCCAAUCGUGGCGAGAUCGCCGUGCGGGUCAUGCGCACGUGCCAGAAACUGGGCAUCAAGACCGUCACCGUGUACUCCGAGCCCGACGUGAACUCGGUGGCGGUGCGCAUGGCCGAUGAAGCCGUGUGCGUCGGCCCGGCGCCGUCCAGCCAGAGCUACCUGAGUAUCCCCAACAUCCUCCACGCCGUCCAGCAGACGGGCGCCCAAGCCGUGCAUCCCGGCUACGGCUUUCUCUCGGAAAACAAAGACUUUUGUCAAGCGCUCGAGGCCAUGAACGUCGCGUUCAUCGGGCCUGGGCACGCGGCGAUUCAGGCCAUGGGCGACAAGAUCGAGUCCAAGCAGCUGGCGAUGGACGCGGGCGUGAACACGAUUCCCGGCUUCUUGGGCGAGAUCGACACGGCCGAAGACGCUGUGCGCGUGGCGCAGGAGAUUGGGUACCCCGUCAUGAUCAAAGCCAGUGCAGGAGGCGGGGGGAAGGGCAUGCGCGUGGCUUUUACGGACGACCAAGUGCGCAUGGGGUACCGCUUGUCGAAAGACGAGGCGGCCAGCAGCUUUGGCGACGACCGCAUGUUCCUGGAGAAGUUCAUUGAAGACCCACGACAUAUUGAGAUCCAGCUCAUUGCCGAUGCGCACGGGAACGUCGUGCCGCUGCCGGAACGCGAGUGUUCGAUCCAGCGUCGGAAUCAAAAAGUGAUUGAAGAAGCGCCGAGCGUGUUGCUCGAUCAAGAGACGCGGGUCGCGAUGGGCGAACAAGCGGCCAUGCUGGCGAGGAAAGUGGGCUACGUCAGUGCCGGGACGGUCGAGUUUCUCUGUGAUAAAGACAAGAACUUUUACUUUUUGGAGAUGAACACGCGGUUGCAGGUCGAACAUCCCGUGACGGAACUCAUUUCGCGCGUCGAUCUCGUGGAACAGAUGAUCCGCGUGGCGGCAGGGCACGAACUGCCCAAGGCAUUGCUCGAUGGACCCGUGGACAUUCAUGGCUGGGCGAUGGAGAGCCGAGUGUAUGCAGAGGACCCGGUGCGUGGGUUUCUACCGUCGAUUGGACGCUUGCUGCAGUAUAAAGAACCCGUGGAGCUACCAGGUGUGCGUGUGGACUCGGGGGUCGAUGAAGGCAGCGACAUUUCCAUGUUUUAUGACCCCAUGAUCUCGAAACUCAUCACGUACGGCAAAGAUCGCGCCGAGUGCUUGGAACGCAUGAAGGCCGCACUGGACAAUUAUGUGAUCCGUGGCCCAGGCAACAAUGUGUCUUUUUUGCAAGAUGUGUACCGCCACCCUCGCUUUGUAAGUGGCAAGAUCACGACAAAGUUCAUUGAGGAAGAGUAUCCGGAAGGCUUCGGUGGUGUGAAGCUGACGCCUCUCGAGAUGGAGGAUCUUAGAGUGGUUGGUGCGAUCAUGCACCUGAAAAAAGCGGGUACUAGCCGCCAGAUGUCGGACCGAGUGCGGUCUAUUCCCACGGAAGACUUUGGACGGUUUGACUUUCUCAACAAAGACGAACUAGCAAUUGUCUCGGACCAGAUAGGUGUCGUGCCUCGCCUACGUGCUGUUACUUCUGAUCUGUCAUCAGAGCAAGUGAUUGCGCUUGCAGAGAAAAAUGGACUUGAAAAAGCAGGUGCCCAGCUCUUUGUUAGCGUCGAUGGUCCAUUUGGAGAGUCAAAGCCUGUGGUUGUCGUGGAGGUCGACGUGGAGAACAAACAACACCAACGCAACACGAUGACGCUGGCCAAGGUCGACAAGAAGUGGCACGUCAUGAGUGACGUGGACUGGUCACUAAAUGGUCCGCUCUUUAAGGCAUCGCACACCAAGCAGGAUGGAGCGACAGACGUCCUGUUGGCAUCGCAAAUGCUGCAAGCGCUGUCUGAGGGUUUUCGCAUUCAUUUUCACGGCGCUGUGCAUGACGUGAUUGUACGCAACGAGCUGGAGGCAACGUACGCCAAAUACAUGCAGCCAAAGCCCAAGGUCGACACGUCCAACUUGCUUCUCUGCCCGAUGCCGAGCAUGCUCGUUUCCGUAGCGGUGGCAGUUGGCCAACAAGUAGAAGUGGGUCAGGAACUGGCUGUCGUGGAAGCCAUGAAGAUGCAGAACGUGCUCCGCGCCGACAAGAGGGGUGUCAUCAAAAGCAUCGCUCGGGCAGCUGGAGGCUCUCUCAAGGUCGACGAGGUCAUCCUCGAGUAUGAAUAA